AUGUCGUCUGGAAUCCAAGAAGAGCUGUCCUGCCCCGUUUGUCGAGACAUAUUCAGAGACCCUGUUGUUCUGUCGUGCAGCCACAGCUUUUGUAGAAACUGCCUGAAAAGAUGGUGGAGAAAGAAAGAAAUACGCCAGUGUCCUGUUUGUAAGAGUGCAUCUAGAAAGAAAAACCCACCCUGUAACUUGGUGUUAAAGAACCUGUGUGAGAACUUCUUACUGGAGACAAAUCAGAGUGCUUCAGCAGAGUCCGAGUCGCUCUGCGGUCUGCACUCGGAGAAACUCAAACUCUUCUGUCUGGACCAUCAGGAGCCAGCGUGUCUCAUCUGCAGAGACUCAAAAACUCACAGCAACCACAGAUUUAGACCCAUCGAUGAGGCUGCGCAGGAUCACAGAAAGGAGCUCCAGAUCUCACUGAAACCCUUACAGGACAAACUGAAGGCCUUUGAACGAGUUAAAGGAAACUUUGUUCAAACAGCAGAACACAUUAAGGUUCAGGCCUUUCACGCAAAGAGGCAGAUCAAGGAGCAGUUUAAGAAGCUUCACCAGUUUCUGCAAGAGGAAGAGGAGGCCAGGAUCACUGCUCUGAGAGAGGAAGAGGAGGAGAAGAGUGCGAGUAUGAGUGAAAUGAUUGCAGCUCUGAUCAGAGAGAUAGAAAGUCUCUCAGAAACAAUCAGAGCCACAGAGGAGGAGCUGAGAGCACGAGACAUUGCUUUCCUGCAGAACUACAAGGCUGCAGUGAUCAGAGUCCAGCAGUGCCCCCAACUUGAUGAUCCACAGCUGGUGUCAGGAGCUCUGAUAGAUGUGGCCAAACACCUGGGCAACCUGACCUACAACGUCUGGAACAAGAUGAAGAAAAUGGUCUCCUACUCUCCUGUGAUCCUGGAUCCAAACACAGCUGAAUCACACCUCUGCAUAUCUGAAGAUCUGACCAGUGUGAGCCUUGGAGAGAGGCAGCAGCUUCCUGACAAUCCAGAGAGGUUUGAUGGCUAUCCGAUCGUCCUGGGCUCAGAGUGUUUCGACUCAGGGACUCACAGCUGGGAUGUUGAAGUUGGAGACAGUCCAAACUGGCUAGUUGGUGUGGCUGAAGAAUCAACUAAAAGAAAGGGACAAACAGACUUUAAGUGUCGAUUGUGGGCUGUGUGGUUCAGUAAGGGUAGUUAUUUCAUGCGUUCCCCACUAGAUUCGUCCUCCUUUCAUCCAACGAAAAAGCUCCAGAGGAUCCGAGUUUGCCUGGACUGGAAAAGCGGGAAGCUGUCAUUCUCUGAUCCUGACAUCAACAUUCACACCUUCACACACACUUUCACUCAGAAACUUUUUCCAUUUGUUUACACCAAGAACGAACUGCCAUUGAAGAUAUUACCACGAGUGUCUCAUGACAGUGCAGACUCUGAUAGUGAAGGAGAUCACGAUCAAGGUGGUGAAACAGUUAAUGGCAUUCUCGAUGACGACGAUGAUGUUAUUCAUGAUGUUGAUGAUGAUUACUGACACUAUAGCCACAUACCAAUGUUUUCCCUUCAAGUGUAAAAAAACCCUAAAACCUAUAAAAUACUAGGUUGGUUGCAAACUGCAAAAAUGGCACAAAGCAGUUCUUUCCUGCUAAUUAAAGCUG